CAGGCCGGCCGGCGUUUGACUGCCGCGGCGUUCUCAUCAUUGCCUUUUCCAAGAACUCGCGAACGAUCAGUGUCAAGUACGAACACACGCCCUUCCAUAAGACCGUUGGUGAGAUGAUUGAGCAUUUCCGGCCGCUCCCCCCUGCAGCAUCGCCAGUUCCCCUGAUUCCCACUGGCGACAGGCCGAAGAAGGCCAAGACGCCAAAAAAGAGAAAGAGCGAGGCGAAUGCGGACGGGACGCCCAGUGUGCCAAGAAGGAAGAAGAGGAGGAGCGAGGCGAAUGGAGACGGAACGCCUGGUCAGCCAAGGAAGAAGGGAAAAGAAAAUCGAGAGGCAGCGGCAGGCGCUGGAGGUGCGCAGGAAGAGGCUUUCGGCGACGGCCGAACGACAGCCACUGUCCCAACCAAGGCGGAUGCUGCUGUGCAAAGCGGAGUUCAUGAACAUGCGGUCCUCAACGUUCCCCCGGCCGAAGCAGCUCGACGUCGUGAGGUUGCCAUUAGACUCCUCAGUGGCAGCGGCGUGGAUCCAGAAAGCCUUUCUACGGAGCAAUUUAGCAUCUUCGCCAACCAAUCCCCGGAUCUUCAGAAAGAGUCUCUUGCCAUGCUGGUCAAGUACGGUGCCGAGAGACUCCGAAUCGUGCAUCCCAAUGAUGCCGCUGCGUCGUCGCCAACAAAUGCGUCCCCCGGCCCCCAGCAGGCCACAACAGCUGAGCCGGAAGCUGACGAUUCAGAGGUCACAUCGGAAACCCCCGCCCCCGCAAAGAAGCGGCGGCCGCGGAAGUCCAGCCAGGCGGCUGGCGAUGCUGAGGAAGAGUUGAUCCCCGCACCGGCGGGUACACCAUUGAAGCAAGUCUCGAGAGGCUCCUGCAUUGCCUGCAGAAGGGCCAAGGCCAAGGCAAGUCGGCAUUGUUUCAUGCGAAGCUCAUCGUCUAACUUGAGACUAGUGCGAUCGAGCCAAACCUACUUGCUCUUCGUGCGAAGAACAGGAUGUUGAGUGCCAGUAUCCCCUUGUCAGAAAACAGGCAGCCAAGAAGAAGGAAGAAAGCUCCAAAACGCCAGUGGGGAGUGGCGAUGAUGGCGAAGCCGAAGCA